UUUUUUUGGGGGGGGGGACAACGAAUGUUCUAAAUGUAAUUCGAUGUACACUUGUGACAACUAGCUGCUGUCUAAAUGCUUUUGAAUUCCUUGUUAUGCCGUUGCCUGUGAAAUGAUCUGUGGUGCUCGCAGCGACUUGUUGAUUCUACAUUACGCAGUAAACAGAUAAGGGAAGCAUUCUUUUUUGUCAAGUUCAUUGCAGAAUUGUAUCUUGUGAAAAAAAAGUCGUGUCGAAAAACGUUUUUAUGCCGUGAAAGUUAAUGUUUUGAAGAGGAACGGGGGUUCGCAGCCUCACGAAGUAAUGUGAAGACAAAGGAUUAGUAACACAAGAUCAGUAUUGCACCACAUAGACUGUUAGAAGAAAAAAUGAAGUGGGAGGAGCUAUGUCCGGAGCCCUAGUUAUGCGAUUGGGGCCAAAACUGAAGAUCCCACCUCCUCGCUAUUUGCCCUAGUUUCUCCAGUUGGAUGCAGCACGCGCAUUGUUUGGGAUCAUCUGGGGACAUUGGAAAAGCCUGUCAGAAACCAGUCUACACUGACUUCUCGGGCACUGAGCACUACAUGGGGGGUUUAAUGUUUAAUUCCAGGCUUUUCGAAGUCUUGCGGUCAAGUACGAUAACGGCAGGCUGGCCGAUGAGUGUGUUCAACUGUAUACAUGCAUCUUGCUAACAUUUUGUUAUGGAUGGGCAAAUAUCAUAGCAAAUGUCUACGCGCCCGCAUGUGUUAAGAAAAGAGUUUCACGUUGACAUUUUUCUUCGUUAAAGCCCUUGCUCUUCUGUUCGAAAAGUUACGUAUCACCAAGUGCUGAAGUAGUUUCCGGCAUCGGGUCAAAACGUUUUCCGAUAUAAAUACGCGAGUUAGUUAUCGGACACUGCAGUCAGAAAUUUUUUUUUGAACAUAUAUGUCAUUCAGUAGUGUAGACACCUCGACGUGUUUCCUUUAUGUCACACGUGUGGUAUACCUACACUCCUGUUUACAGUUCACACACUAAACUGGUAAUCUAAUUAGCCGUAAAGAGACUUCAUUCUCCGUAAGGGUUCAGACAGAACACUUUAUGUAUUUAUACAUAAUUUGCCCCUACCGUAUAUUUAAAAAAUAUACGCAAGUGUCAAAUAGCCCUGUAUACUUCAGAAAGGGAUAUAUUGUCACCUGUUGUCUCUUACCAUAAAAUGCUUUUUAUAUGUGCGUUCCUGUAGGUAAUUAUGUUUUGUAUAGUCUUAUAUUACUGUACCCUUAUUCUCUGGUACUGGUUUGUAGCCGGGGGCAGGCAAGCAUCUCUCCUAGCAACAAAUCUCUCAACCUCGUAGAUUAGUCCUAGGCUAACUACCCUUUCAGGCCAUUUUAAACCUAGCCAAUUAUCCCUUGUGAGACUCAAACCUUGGACCUUGUGUUUGUAAGGCAAACACCUAAACCAUUAGGCCACUCUCCCAACAUACACAGUAAACAGCCUCGGCAAGGCUCGAACCCAGGACCCUGCACACCAUAGCCAAAGUGAUUUACCACUAAGCCCUGUCAGAUAUAUAAAUAAAUCCAGACAAAGUCUAAAAUAAUGAGGAACAAAGGCCCAAAACAGGGACAGUUUUUAAAUGUUGCUUAUAUAAACUUCGAAAGCUGACAGAAUAGUGGGUUUCGCAUUGGCAUGCAUUUUCCAAAGGGUAUGAAGUCUGAAACUCAAAUGUCUAUCCUUACGUAAUGACUUCAGUCCUCAAUGAUUUUCCAGAAAACCACAAAUUUUAUGAGGAACGGACCAAACAUAAGAGGCAAAAAUAUGGGCAGCGGAGAGAGGUAUGCUUAGCAAAAAUUGAUGAUGUCCGAGAAGCAGUCCUGGAUUGGACACCUCUUUGUGCAGUUUAGAUCAGUAAUGCACAUAAUAGUGUCGGGUGUUGGAGGAAAUCACGGAGGGGGGUUGCUGAGGAAAUCCACAGGGACACUGGAAGUGUGCAGGCUCAGCAUAGUAUCCACCCUAGCCACUCUGAAACUCGCAAGCAGAAGAGUGAAAUUUAGGAUCAGCUCUCCAUACAGGAGUCUGUUCACAUAGUAUGACUUACUCAGCAGUUAUCGAAAUAUAACCGACCGUCCUGAUCUUUCAUACUAAAAGCAUACCUUGUGCUCCUGUCAGUUUGGAAUUAUCUUUAUGCCAUUCUUGAAGUCUGUUAGGAGGUGCUCAGAAACUGCAAGAACACUUCCAAGCCACACCUCUGUUCUACAGUUGCAAUGUUUCAGAUGCUGACUAAUGUUCUUUUGGGAGAGAUUAAAAAUGUGACUGCCAUGGAACAAGAACCCAAUAUUACAGAAAAAGAGGAUGAUGAAUGGAUACUUGUUAAUUAUCUAGAUGGCUGCACUAAUUGCUGUGGAGAAGAAGCAGAUAACAUUGACUCUGCAGUCUCUCUAGACUAUCCUGAACUGUUGUCCAGCUCUGCUUCUUCCCUGGAGCUCUUUGGUGAGACUGAUGCUUCUCAUUUCAUUCGCUUUAACUCCUGCCCCCUAGAGGAGAGCUGGUUUAUUACCCCUCCCCCAUGCUUUACUGCAGUUGGGCUUGCCGGCGUCCAGGUGGAGACCAGCCCCUUGGAGAAUCUUCUCAUUGAACAUCCUAGCAUGUCCGUGUAUGGUAUUUGUAAUGUCCACCACAGACUGAAGGAGUCUGGCAGCAGGUCUGUCGAGUCUGAAAUGUCUGACCUUCGAACAGCAACACAAAACAAACUGGGAAAUCGUAUUCGCUGCUAUGCAUCAGUCCUUGCUGCCCGCAGCAUCCUUCUGGGAGAAGCCAAAAGUCUUCAUCUUUCUCAACGGGCAGAACAACAGAUUGGGAGGCGCCAAAUCACCCAAAACAGACUCCGUCGCCAAAAUCUUGCCAGGGACUUCCAGUCUCGCCUAACCAAACAAAGUGGAAUUUUUGUACAUCAGCCUUGCCAGCGUCAGUACAACUACUGAUUAAAGACUGUAUGCUUUUCAUUAAGAGCCUGUAUGUAUUUAUAAUUUUCCCUUCUGCCUAUACUAGGUAGCACUGUUACAGUAUAUCUCAUUAUCUUGUAAUGUUAGAUCUGUUAAACAGAAGCAACAUUAAAGAGAGCAAAUGUUCACACUGUUUUGAAGUGUUUUCACAAAACUGUUUUAUCACAUAAUGCCUUUUUUUAGGUUGAAGUAAUUUUCUAAAGUUAUUUUUAAAAGACUCGGUAUAACAUAUUAAUGUAGUAUUUCUGUGUAUGUUUAUGACAAUGUUGUUCUGGUAGUUAGUUGUGUCUGUUCUGCAUUGUCUGGAAAUUACAAAGUUGAUCCUUCAGCUGUUUCCUGUUGUGCAUUAAGUUUGAUUUAUGAAAUUCUCAGGGCCAGUACAGUGUAGCCUACCUUUUGUUCAGAUUAGCCAAUACCUGAUAUAAUGUCAUUGUUACUAUGUGCAGCAAGUUUGACUUGCAGAGGUGCGCUUUAGUUUUAUUCAAACAUUUCAGUGCUGCAGUAAAUAAAGUAUCUGUGUAAUGUCACCAUCUUUUGGUGCCCUGUGAGUGAGGUAAACACUAACUAGAGAGUGAUGCAAAAGUCUUGUUUUUUCAUUCUUGUAAUUCUCAGUAUGUAUACAUUUCUUUGCUGGCAAAACUAAAUCCUUUUUUCCCCAGUCCAUAUUAAGUAAAGUGGAAUCCAGUUCAUAUACUUAGGGGAACGUAAUGAUUGUGACUGGCCUGUUGUUAAACCUAUUCUUUUUCCUCUUCUUACUCUGUUAAUUCCACUCCACUCUGAUGAGUGUUGAUUUCUUAAUCUUAGAACGUGUUGUAGGCCUGGGAAUUUAUACACCAGAGAUAGGCUAGGUAUUACUUACUGCUACCUGUUUGGUUGCAGAAUCUUUAGAAUAGGCAGGGGUAAUCGACAUAGACUUAGGCAAGACCUGUUUUUGUUUUUAUGUGUCUCAUUAAUAUUGUUUGAAUGAACUGGCAUGAUUUCUAAAAGCUGUCUUUUUAUAUACUUAAUUGAAUGCUUGCCUUUGCCAGGGAUGUCCCAAAUGUAUUUCAAGUAAUUUAGUCAGCAAAAAGCAUCAAAAUAAUGCCACCUAUAUUACAUUUUUGAGACAAGAUAAGAUCCUGACUGGCGAAAUAAACAUCUGACAGUCUUGUAGCUUUUACAUGCCAGUUCAAAGAAUUAUCCUGAUCCCUCCUUCAUAUUUUCUCUCAAAGGUUUGUAAUUGGCAUAUCCAUCACCAUGUGCUGUGGACAGUUGUAUAUAGAAUUGCUGCUUAGACAGUGGCUGGCUACAGGGGAUGUGAGGAGAGCUUUAUAGUUUGCCAGGUCUUGCUGAGUAUAGUGUAAGGCCAAUAGAGGAUAUUGUGUUUGGUCAUGGGGUGAGAUUAGAAGAUUGCCAUGGAUUUAUUUUAUGCAUCAUUUUAAUCCAUGAGGAUCAUUUGGAGAGGUGCACUAAACUACAGUGGCUUAUUUGAGAACUUACUGUUUCAAUGCAGAGAAAUAGGAAUGAUAUUGGCCAGACUAUAUGGAUUUUCCCAGUUAUUCUCACUAAGGGUAGUAAAUAAUUAAUCAGCCAUGGAAUGGGUAAGGCCAAUCUAACACUAAACAGGAUAGGUCAAUUCAAGCACCCAAAAAAGGAAAUUGGCUAGGCUUAAAAUGGCCAGUAAGGGAAGCUAGCAAAUGGGAUAGGUUAAUUCAAGAGGCGAAAGGAAAAUUGGCAAGGCUUAAAAUGGCCUGCAAGGGCAGCUAGUCUAGUACUUACCUAUGAACCUAUGUUUCAUGGACUGGUAUGGACUUCAAAUUUGUCAGAUACCAGGGACUGUUUGUGACAAGAUUAAAAAAAAACCUCUCUUCAGCAUUAUUAAUUAUAAAAUACAAGAAGUACAAAUACAGUUUACAUAGUGAGAAUCCUCUGCAUCAAUGCAUGCAUUUAAGUUGCAGUUUACUAGCAUUAAGGAAAGCAUGUCCCAUGAAAAACGAUUAUAUUUCCCUUCCCCUUCCUUCCUCCCUCCCUCCCUAAAGCAUCUCAUGCCUGUAGAAGAUACUUCUGUAUUUCAGCAACGACAUUUCCCUCUUCUCCCCCACCCACCCCAGACUGAAGCAUAUUGUCCAUUGCACAAUAUAUUAUAUUUUUGCACUUUUUAUACUUCAGAGACUUUCUAGUAAAAUACCACUAUACUGAAGCUGAUGACAUUGCUGUGAGAAGUGGAGAUACAUAUUACAUUUGCUCCUAAAUACAUUUUAUGCAUGGAAUUCUCAUAGACUGUAAUAUGUUGUUUAUUAUGUUUUUGUAAGUCUGGAAUUGUAACAAGAGUGUCUAUUUUAUGCUUUAUGUGUUGCACUUCAAAUUUCACUUUGGCUAAUUGCUUGUUACAGAUGUUUUUUAGAAACUGAUAUUUGAAUAAUAAUGUUCAUUUAAAGUAAAGCUAACUACCUGUUGGAUAUGUGCUGAGGAAACUGAUGCCUGAAGACUAAUCUUUGGAUUUUUUUUAGUGUGGACAGAAGUUCUACAAUCACACUGGGGAUGUAAUAGUUAGGAAAUAUAGAUUAGUAUUAAAAUGUAUAAGGAGUGUGAUGUUACAACAAAUUCAGUUACAUAUCUUGCUUUAUUUACAGUCUACAUUAUUUUUUUAUAAGCUGCUUUAUUAUUCUAUAUGUAUUUGAUAUUUUACAAGGAACAGGUAAAUCUAAGAUGCACACUACCUGGAUAUGCUAUUACUGUGACUUCACUGUUCAGUUUAAGUAGUAUUGUCAAAUUGUACUACGUUUUGAAUGAGCUUUUUAAUUACUUAGGAUUGUGCGGCAAGGCAUUACUUUGUCCCUUAAAUGAAAAAAAAAAAAAUUCAAAACCUAAAUGUUCAAGUUGCUUAGUAAGUACAGUAUUUGAGAGAAAAGUAAUAUUUUUAUUCAUGACUAAUUCAGAUCCCAAAUGAAUUACAUAAUUUACUGUGAAUCAUUUUUUUUCAUUGCAGCUUCAUUUUUUGUACUGGGCCACCUGGACUAAUGCCCCAAGGGACCCACAUGGAGGGCCACCAGGGGACUACCAGCCUUUCUCUGUCCACCCCAGUCCCAUACUACCUCCAGUUCUCUCAGUCCUACCUGCAGAAUUGUACCCCUAUGGCCUUCAUAUACUAGAGUGAUUCGGGCAUUUCUUGUAGCCCUAACCUCAGCUCCUUGGGGCUGAUAUAGGCACCACAUACUGUAGAUCAUUCUACUCCCUCCAGCCCCUGAGAGGUACCAUCUACGACUUGGGAUACCAAACUUAUGUCCUCCCAGUCAGUGGCCCUCAUACAGCCCUCUAUUUGCACUACAGCAGUGGCCAGUCAGGAAGUACCUCACUCUCUCCCUGGACUAGACAAGCCAACAUUAGCUUUCAACUCCCAUUCCCCCCCACAGUUCUUCUUGCACCUGAGACAUUACUUGAAUUCAGGUAGUAUGGAUUAUAGACAGGGUUAUCCCUCUGUGCCAGUCAGUCAGGUAUGAAUUUGGGUUUUAUGGCUGUAAGAACAAGUUAGGCAAUAUUAAGUUCAAACACACACACACAUCUGUAUAUAUUGUUUUUCAUAGUGUUGGUGUUUAUAUUUACUACCAUCGUAUAAGCUUCUUUUGCAAGCAGAAGUGUACUGAAACAGUGUAUUUGGCAUUUCAGUAAAUUGCUGAUAAAUAAUUUAAUUGCACUUUGUCACAUUUGAUGAGUAGAAUGUUAGUACAUUGUAGAUGGACGGAGAUUUACUUGACCAUCAUGGUACGGUCAGGGAGGGAGUAUAAGUCAUUUGUUGCAGGAGUAAUGCAUGUUGUGUGACACAUCCAGCUGUACAGGCUGCAUCAGAGGUUCCCUUCUAAAGUAUGAUAUUAAUAUUCAUGUUUUAUUCUAAAGUAUGAUAUUAAUAUUCAUGUUUUAUUCUAAAGUAUGAUAUUAAUAUUCAUGUUUUAGAUUUUACUGUAAUACUAACAUUUAUGCUCAAGUUUAUUGGCAAGUGGGAUGAGGUGCUUUUAAUCCAGUCUACAGCCAUAGCAAGGAUGGCACAAAGGGGGAACAUUGCCCCCCCAGGUGCAAACUGUUAGGGAGGACAAUCAGCACUGUAGGAGAGGUGCUGUCUGGUCCUUGGAAGCAGUCUGUGCAGUCACCUAGGCAGCCACAGGUGUAGUAAGCGACAUUCAGACAGUUACUUGUGCAGUAUGAUUACUGUGAGAGGUACCAAUCAGUAAAUACAAGGCUGCAGGCAGCUUCAGUAAUGUAUCCUUUAAGCAGCGGUUUAAAUUAUUCCUGAGACUGCUCUGCUUACAGUGAGUAAGUAUUUUUAUAAUUGUGUAAUGAACUGUUGCUACAAAUAAUGAAAAACAUUUGAAACAAUAUAGCAAAGUUUUUUUUUUUUUAUCCUUACUUAUUUGGGAUAACACCAACUAGAUGCUUUAUCAAGGGUGCCAGUUGUGUAGUAGAAAGCAUGGUGGGGUAUAGCAUAUGUGUUGUAAAUUAAGUUCUGAAUAUUAAGAGAAAAUUAAAUGCAUUUUUUACUGAUUUGAUUGUACUGUUAAAAUUGUCUUCUGUUUCUGUGAGAUGUCUGUUAUAUUGGGGCAAAUAUUAUAGUGUACAUUGAAAAGGUUCUGGUAAGAAUGGCGAUGUUUGGGGUUGUUGACCUCUUCUAAGCUUCCUUUGCAAGUAGAACUGUACUGUGACCAUGUGUUUGGCAUUUCAACAAAAUGUUAAUGAAUAAAAACUGAUGUCUUAUGUAACAGAGACAUGUUAGUUGUAAGUUACAGACGAAUGUGCGGUUAAAUUGUAAUAACUAAAAUUGAUGCACUAUGGUUGUAGCAGCAGCACAUGACACCAGUGACAAAUGGUCCUGUGCUUUAUUCAGAUUUCUACAGACUCAUGACUCAGGGACACAUUGUACAUUUAUUGAAUUUUGUGUAGAUUGACAAACUGCUAAGAGAAAAGGCAGAUCUCGAAUUUGAUUUAUUAAAAUUCUUUACAAGCUUUGUGCAGUUACGACUUUUAUUGAUAAUGGGUUUCCAAAAAAAAACAUUUUUUUCUGGAACAUAAGUAGUAAUUGAAUUUGAAGUCUGAAGCCAAGAUUCAUACAUUCUAUCCAUAAUUAUUACACAUUUUAUUUAUUUUAUUUAAAUGUGUUAACUGGGUUGGAACGCUGAUUUCUUUGGACCAUUUAUAAGCUCAACUUGUGAGCUUAAAGUAGAAAUAUAAUAAAGUACAGAAUACAAAAUUGAUUUUACAGCAUGCAGUGUGACAAGAAAGUAACAACUAAUCAUAUGAUACAAAUUCAGUCUGAAAUAAUAAAUCAAGAGAGGGAGAUGGGGAAAAGUUUAAAUUUGGUUUUGUUGACUGAUUUGAAGUCAUAUUUCCAUCAAUAAAAAACAGAGUCUAAAAUGGACAGACAUUCAUUGUCAUCCAAGUAGUGUUUCACUGAUACUGUUCAGUCUUAUUGUAAAUGACAGUGUAAAAUCGAUACAGAUACUGGUAAUGUGGGCAGUUUGCAAAAGUUGAGACAAACACAGCCCCGCAAGUGUGAAUAGCUAUGGAAUGGCACACUGAAAAUGCGUUUUGUCUGUACUUUUUUAUUAAUUUUGUAGCAUUGGUAGGAACAUAAUGGUAAUACAUGCAAGGUGUACAGGUUCUGUUUCGAAAAGACUUGUUCUCAGUGUAGGUGACUUACUCAGGUGUAAAUCUGCUUUUUAUAGAUGGGCUUUAUAUGGGGGUAAGUCACCUACACCAAAAGCAAGUCUUUUGGAAUCUGGGAAACAGAGUGAGCUAAGCCUACAGCAGUAUUGUAUAUGCAAAUUAUGUUUCCCAUCUUCAGAUCAGUCUGCACUGUGUAUCUGUAACAAGGUCUUUAUUUGAAAGCCACACAAAAUUAUCAAUAUUUGUUGUAAUCUAAAUACAGAAAAAGGAAAAUAAAUUUCAGAUUGUUGAAGUUAAUAUUAGGACAUUUCGAGGACAUUUUAAAUUUUGCAAAAAAAAAAAAGCACAGAUUAAAAUUUCCAAAAUGCCCAUCCCCUUUUGUGCAUUGCUACUGUAGGCCUUUCAUAAAAUAGUUAAAAUGCUUCAAAUAUAGUUAAAUAACUUUAGGCAUACUUAUGACAGUCUUACAAAAAUAACUUUGUUGUUUCCAGAAAUUAUUAUUGUAGUUUGUAUUUUUAUUUGUUGAGCAAAUUAUUAUGUGUUUUUUUAUUGAAUUGUUACUGGACUUAAGUUUCAUGUAGUAAUGCUUAAUGUUUCUUUAACUAUUUAGAAACGUCUGUUACUUUACUGCAGAGAACUUUGGUAUUGUUGGAGUUAUGUGCCUUCCUCUUUUAAAGCUGUAUGAAAGUAUACAAAGGACCUGAAUUAUCAAAAUGGGUAUCUAAAAGGAAAAACCUCAUAUAUGCACAAGCACUAGUUUGUCUUAAUCCAUUUUCCUUGUGGUUGAGUAUGUUUGUAUAUAAUGUGUAACAAUGAAAGUGUUUUCUCUUUGGCCUUCCAAGUCUCAUAAAUGAAUAUGUUUGGUACUGUUGCUCUAAUAUGUAGUACUUUGCCAAAAAGUACAGCCAUGCUUAAUGAAAAUGUAAGUUUUCUCCUGUUCAUAUGUUUUUUAUAUGUUAAAAAGCAAAGUCUGUGCUGUUCACACUACCUGAAACUGUGUCUUUUUCACAUGUAAUAAGCAAAAUACUGUUGUAACUAUAAUAAUGGUGGAAAGUGGUUUGUUCAGGACAAUUUUUAUAAUUUUGAUAAACUGUAAUUAUUUCCAUCACUCAAUAAAUGUUUCAAAUAAAAA